UAGGCGGCGGUAGUAACUAAGGUUCGGAGGUCACAGUUGAUUGUAAGCGUUCUCGUGUCAACGGUGUGUCCAACAGAGUUUGCACGAUGCCAGAAUCUUCAAAGAAAAUAUGUGUUGUCGGCUCAGGAAAUUGGGGUUCGGCCAUUGCCAAGAUAGUUGGCAACAACACAUUGGAGAAGACGAAUAUGUUCCACAAGGAGGUGCGCAUGUGGGUGUUUGAGGAGAUGGUGAAUGGCCGCAAGUUGACCGAGCUGAUCAACAACGAUCAUGAGAAUGUCAAGUACCUACCCGGGAUCAAGCUACCAGAGAAUGUGGUGGCCAUCCCCGACGUCAAGGAUGCCGCUGCAGAUGCUGACAUCCUCAUCUUUGUGUUGCCCCACCAGUUUGUGCGUGGGGUGUGUAAACAGCUGCAGGGGACCAUGAAGGAGGGUGCUGUUGCGGUCACACUCAUCAAGGGUUUUGAUGUGGCCGAGGGAGGUGGUAUCCUGCUCAUCUCCGAUGUAAUCCGAGAAAUGCUGAAGAUCCCCUGCACCAUCUUGAUGGGAGCCAACAUUGCCAAUGAAGUGGCCAAGGAGGACUAUUGUGAAGCCACUAUUGGAUGUAAGGACAAGGCAUUGGGAGCUGUCCUCAAGGAAGUCUUCCAGACUGACUACUUCCGCAUCGUGGUGGUUGAGGAUGAGGAGACCGUGGAGGUCUGUGGGGCACUGAAGAACAUCGUGGCAGUGGGUGCUGGCUUCGCUGAUGGACUGGGCUACGGGGACAACACCAAGGCAGCUGUCAUCAGACUUGGACUCAUGGAGAUGGUCAAGUUCUGUGAGGUCUUCUACCCAGGUUCGUCUCAGAGCACCUUCUUGGAGAGCUGUGGAGUGGCUGACCUGGUCACCACCUGCUACGGAGGCCGCAACAGAAGGGUAGCAGAAGCCUAUGCCAAGACAGGCAAGACAAUUGAGGAGUUGGAGAAGGAAAUGCUGAAUGGCCAGAAACUGCAGGGUCCCCCCACGGCCUUCGAGGUGAACUACAUGCUGAAGAACAAGGACAUGGAGAGCAGGUUCCCCUUAUUCACAGCCAUCCACAGGAUAUGUAAAGGGGAGACGAAGGUGGCGGGGUUCAUGGACUGCUUGAAGAACCACCCGGAGCACAUGUAGCAUUAUUGAUUUCUUAGUUGUCUUCAUUAGGAUUGUUAAAAAAAAUCCAAAAAACAAAAAAUUGUUUGCAAUACCAUGAAAACAAAAUCUGCUUUCACCUGAUUGGAUUUCCUGUAUAAGUUUGUGUUAGUUCAUGAUGUUAAGACUGGUAAAUGAGCGGACAUGUUUUGAAUAAUGCAGCUGUUAUGUUGAUUUCUUUUUUGGAACAUUUAAAAUGUCACUUCUCUUGUAAGCUGCUUAUGGCGUCACAUUUACUGUUGGAUCCAUUAUGGCAUUGUGUGUGUAUAGAGUGGUGAUUAUGAAGAAGAGGCUACCAUAUUAUUCUUAAGAAAUUAACUACGAGUGGAGGUUUUUAUCGUACAAUAAAACACUGCAGGGAGAAAACUCCUUGAGGGGUGCAGCCCUGCAGUGGUUUAUUUUCCCUUCCGUGUUUUAUUGUACGAUAAACAACAACCAUUAGUCCUUUUUUCUUAUAUGAGAUAUCAACAUUUUGUACAGCCUCUUUAAGGAUGAUGAUGAAAUAUACAAACUUUAAAAAUAUUUACCCGUAUUUUAAUAAUGACUUCCUGAAUAGAAUCCGACCUCGGCAAUGUUGGACAGGUCCAUUUUAUGCACAAAUGGGUAUUUCCUGCAUAUUUUCACAAUCCUCACUUCCAUAAUCUGUACCUUAUCUCGCAAUACCAAUUGUCAUAUCUCUACCGCUUUUGGAUGCGAUCAUUCGGCCAUCACGUUUAUCUGCAUUGCUACAUCUAUGGGGAACAACUCACUAGGCACUCCUGCUGUGCACAUAUGAACACAAGGGUAACAUAUAAGAACAAUUGGGGAACCAACUAGUAUCACCAACCGGUGUCCCCCGCCAUGAUAUUGCUGGAAUAUUG